GCUGUUUCUCUUAUCCCCAGAUUGCCCAGUCCUGAGGCGGUUCUCUGAGCCGAAUAAUUUUCUACAGCUCAAGACCCAUCUGAACUUGUCAAAGCAUGGGGCAGAGGGUGGCAAUGAGGAAGAGAUGCCCAGGCUCCUGGUAAUAGAGAAAGCUCGGAAAGCAGGAAAGAUGAAACCUCCCCCACCUCCUCCUCUUCCUCUCUCUGCCCGUAGGGUAUCCCUGCCCGUCCUGAGUCCCCCUGGGCAACAAAUGAAAACUUCCACAAACAAAGAUCUUUUCCCAGCCCUGAAAGAUGCCGAGGAGGACUCCAUCUACUUGGUAUGUGAGCCCAGCACAGUACCAGUACCCUGCAGAGUGCUUCCCUGUCCAAGCUCCACUCGCCCUUUGAAGCAACCCAUGACAAAUAUCUCCCAGCCUGGACCCCAACCGGGCCUUGCAGAGAAUUCACCUCAGGGAGAGUGUCUGAAGAGUGGAUCCCUACCAGAGGAUUCUAGUAUACAGAACAAGGCCUGGUACGCAGGCAGCUGUGAUCGGCACACAGCAGAGGCUGCCCUCCUCCAAUGUAAUAAGGACAGUGCCUACAUGGUGAGACGAAGCUCAGGACAUGGUUGGAAUCAGCCCUACACUUUGGUUGUGCUGUACAAAAAACGUGUCUACAAUAUUCCCAUCCGCUACUUGGAGAGCAGCCACCAAUACACUCUUGGCAAGGAUGGCAAGAGCCAAGAGGAGCUCUUUGACAACAUAUCCAGCAUCAUCCAGAGCUACAUGGAGCGUCCACUUGUGCUGAUCGAUGGCACUACCUCUGCCAAGGAACAGACUCGCUUGUUGUUUCCUGUAAAGCCGUGAGGCAGUGCCUGGAGACCAGCCCUACCUGAGGAGGGACUUUGUCCCUGGUACCGGACACUGAACUCUUCUCCUCCCUGGCAGGUUCAACGUAAAGCCAAAGUGUUGGAGCUUGGUGUUGGGGUAUCCUGAUAUCUUGCAGAAUUAAUGCUAUUUCCAGCUAUCCCUCCAGAGUCAAUUAGCCGAGAAUGCUUGACCUGUGGUAUUCCCCUGGGGUUGAAAGGAAUGAACUUCAUCAGUUAAAGGGAUGUUGUUGGCAUGGAUGGCAAAGUUUAAAGCAUUUCCCUUUUCCAUGCAUCAGUUUUGUCCAGCUACAGGAAAGUUAUGUUAUGCUCUUUUUAAAAACAUUUAUAAAACAUUAAAGUAUAGCCAAUUAAUUAUACAUUUUAGUUAAUAUCAGUUUCAGUAUAUUGAUACUACAUCUUGUUUGGCUAUGUUAUAUUACAUAGAGAUUAUUUUUCUUCUGAAAAUAGAUCUGCAUUUCUCUCACAUAAACUGACUCAGAAAAAACUCAGGUGUUUUUUUCUCCCCCCCCCCCAAGAAAAAUAGA